AUGCCGAAAAUUAAUUGGGAAACAUAUAGGAAAUUAAUUCCCGAUAAGAAAAUUGUGGAUGAUUUAAAAUCUGAUUUGGAGAAAUACAAAGUUCCUUACCCAGAAGACACACUAACGCCUAAAAUAGAAGAACAGUGGAAAGCUUUGCAGCCGGAAAUUGAAAAGUUUUGCGCAGAGCAAGAUAAAGAGAUAGAAAAGGCUACAAAGGAACUUAACAGAGUAAAAGCUUUGCCGAAAUUUGAAGACAUGACUAUGGAGAUGUUUUAUGAUUUCUACCCCGAUGAAGCGUUGGACCCUGUUAACAGACCUACUUUCUGGCCACACAAUCCCGAGGAACAGCCGGGAUACCAAACACCUGAACAAAAAACGAUGAAAAAGGGCGGCGGUCAUUAA